UUCUGGUUGGGUAUAUCAGCCGGAGGCUGUGUUCAGUAAUCACUUGGAAGCACAGCUGGUCACCGUGUCCACACAGCUAAGGACUGUCCAACCCCAUCUGAAUUCAUCCUGUUGAAGAUUCCUGCCUAGCCACCAGAAGAGCCUUAAGGAAAACCUGUCAGAAAUCCUUGUGCUCAGACCCAGAACAUCCUCAUGGCGGUAUCAGUGACAAGUCGCAUCGUGGAAGAAAUUGUGGAUUAUCUCACGGACACACUCAGCAGAGUGGAUCUGGAGCGUCUGAUAACUGAAGACGGAGCCUGGAAGGCAUUUGUGAAGACAGCAGAGUUGUCAAGCGAGGAGGAAGCUGCCCUGCAUGAUGCGCUGAAGAAGCAUUUAGCUCGGAAUCCCACAGAUAAAAAUGAGAGGGCUGAAGAGGAGCUGAAGAAAAAGAGGUUUUUGAAAGAAUUUCCUCAGUUGAAAAUCAAACUUGAAGAACACAUCCAGAAGCUUCGCUCCCUGGCUGACCAUCUUGAUAAAGUUCACAGUGGCUGCACCAUCUCCAAUGUGGUGGCCGAAUCCACCAGCACUGUCUCUGGAGUCCUGGGCAUCCUGGGUCUAGUUCUGACACCCAUUACAGGAGGAACCAGCCUGAUGCUCUCAGCAACUUCCUUGGGGCUGGUAGCAGGUAUGACUAGCCUCACAACCACCAUCGUGGAAGAGUCAAACCGGCUCUCAGAUGAAUCCGAAGCCAGUCGUCUAGUUGGAGCCAGCAUGAACACAUUCCAUGAGCUUAUGAAAAUUAUGCCUAAGAUCACAGUCAAACUUAGUAAUACGGGUGUGGAUUUAGUGAGUGCCUGUAAAAGCCUCAAGGAUCUAAUCAGGGCCACCAGGAUGUCCAGAGCUGGUUAUCGCCCACUAGGACAAUUUGCAGAGAGCAGCUCUGCUGAAGGUUCAAGGGAGUUGGGGAAUGCAUUAAGAGCCAGUAUUAAAGGAAUAAGCGUUACCAGUCUCUUCCUUGCAUUGGAUGUGUAUCAUCUCGUGACAGAUUCAAUAGAUUUGUACAAUGGGGCAACUACAAAGUCGGCUGCAGCACUGAGGAAACUGGCUCUCAUGCUGGAGAGAAAGUUGCAGGAAUUUGAGAAGAUUCACAAGGCUCUGCAGUGAGAUCUGCCUCAGUGACAUCUCCCCCAAGAAGCUAAAAAUGCAGGAAAGAUGGCAUCAAUGGGGGGGGGUGAAGGUAUACUUUACAAAGGAAAGCACGAGAAAUAAAGUCUUUGGAACUGA